AUGAUGUCCGUCUUGUUUAAUCCAAUGGUUGAAGCGGGCCUUGAGCCAAACGUGGCCUGGCGUGUCUCCAUGGUGGUGCCCGCCGUGAUGUUCAUCAUUUGUGCGAUCUGCAUGAAGCUUCUAUGCUGGGACAUGCCGACCGGCAAGAACUAUGAUCCCGCGAUCACUGGCAAGACCCAGAAACCGUCCAUGUGGGACUACGUCGAGGUGCUCAAGGACGUGAGGGUGCUGGUUAUGAUCUUCCAGUAUAGCGCAUGCUUUGGAACUGAGCUUGCCAUGAACAACCAGCUGGCAACUCAUUUCAGGACCUACUUCCAGAUGGCAGCAGGUGACGCAGCGGCGUUGGCUGGAGCAUUCGGGCUUAUGAACCUCUUUGCCCGAUCUCUUGGCGGAAUCACCAGCGAUCUCAUGUACCGAAACUUCGCCUUCCGGGGACGCAUCUGGGCCCAGUUCCUGGCUCUCUUUUUCGAGGCCAUCUUCUUGUUUGCUUUCGGAAACGUUGACAAUUCUCAGCCUUGGUAUGUGGCUUUGGCUGUGCUGGUCUGCUUCUCCUUGCUCCUGG